UUUCCUGUGUCGGAGGCGCCAUCUUGUGGCCGCACAGGGAUCACCGCCCUUUGGGAGCUACACAGUAUGGCAGGAAGUUGUUCUCACUGGAUUUUGUCAAGAAAUGCUGCAUGUUCUUGACACUUACUAAACAUGGACCCACCCCCUAAGUAAACACACACACCACACACAUAUACACACGCACACACUCCUCCUAUUCUUGCAUGUUUGGGCUGCUUCUCUGCCUGUCAGGAAGUGUAUUGAAGCUGUCCAAUCAGACGCGGCCGUGAGUAUUUACCUGGCCAAACCUGAGCUUUAGACAGCCACAUCAGCACUUAGAUAGAUGGAAAGAUAAGAGCGCUUUUAUAAAAGAGGGAAGCUUGUGUUAAAUUGUACUCCUUUGCGGCAGAGUCAGGGCCCCCCCCUCCACCACCACUAUCCUCGAUACACCUGCAUCACCACCAAGAUGACUUUCAACGGCGACUGGAAAGUGGACCGCAAUGAGAACUAUGAGAAGUUCAUGGAGCAGAUGGGUAUCAACAUGGUGAAGAGGAAGCUGGCCGCCCACGACAACCUCAAAAUCACCAUCUUGCAGAACGGAGACAAGUUCCACGUCAAGGAGAGUAGCAAUUUCCGCACCCUGGAAAUAGACUUCACCCUGGGCGUCACCUUUGAGUACAGCCUGGCCGACGGGACAGAACUAUCUGGCGCAUGGGCGAUGGAGGGGGACACGCUGAAGGGCAUUUUCAACAGGAAAGACAACGGCAAGCAACUGACAACCACCAGAAUUGUGCAAGGAGAUGAGCUCAUACAGAGCUACAACUAUGAAGGCGUGGACGCUAAAAGAAUUUUCAAGAGGACUUAGAACAAAAAGUUGAAGAACAACCUUGUGAGGUGUUUCUAAUCCGGGUUAGCGUCAGUAUUGUAUCGUGUUGAGCAGUCAUGGCGUCUACUUGCAUAACCUGGACAAAGUACACUAUGUGUACUGCUUAAAUGGCUGUAAAAAAAUGCACUGGAUUUGACUCUGUAAUAAAAAUAAAAACACACACAAUUCUUUCACUUUCAAGCAAGACACAAGUAAUGUGAGACAAUAAUUUAUUCAACAGUAAUAAAUAAAAAAAAUAAAUAUAUAUUAUCUACAAAAAUAUAAAGUGCAACACAGAUUUGGACGUUGUUUCCCGAAAUCUAUUUGCUACUCGUACGUUGCCAGGACGACCACUGAGGCAAACACGCCCUUACAUACAAGGCAGCACCAGCCGGAUCCACGCAGAACCAGAACCAGACAUCAUACAAGUUUAUGCCCAUGGGGAAAAUGAUAAUCAAUAUGGUUAGACCAUCUGCACAGAUUCUCAAUGACGAGUGAUGUGCCACAUGUCGGCAAAUAGUGGCCGAAUGGACUGUUGGUUAUAUAAACACUUCAAUAGAUAGGAAAAAAAUAGCAACACAUGGUACAGUACAAUACACCAUGAUUUAAAUGUAUAUAAUGUGACAUCACAGCAGCAGGACAGUGAAGUCAAAAAAAAAAACACGCUACAUAUUUCAUAUUAUUAUAAAUGGAGUCCCCAAGCAACACAACGUUAAUUUUAUGGGUCAAUUUCCAACAAUUUUUUGCAUGUUAUGGCAAUAAAGUGGACCCCGGAAAGUCAUAUUUCCUUUA